CCCGCCACGCCCCGCCCGUUGCUCCCGGCCCGCCAGCUCCCUCUCCGCCCCUCGGCCUGUAGGCCCUGCCUGCGGGGUGGGGGAAGCUCCGCGCUGAGGACCGCCCCCCCGCCCCGUCCCCUCCCCGCCCCUCCGGCGCGGCACCCCGGCGGCGGCGGCGGGGACUAUGCGGAGAUGGCCGUCCAGACCCGAGGCAGGAACAAAGAGUCGCCGCCGCUCAAGCCGGGCCAGCAGCAGCACCAGUCGCCGGGCGCUAGCCCCAGGAGCGGCCGCGGGCACCGGACGCACUCGCCCGGCAGGCAGGGGGCCGGCGCCAUGCGGAAGGGAGGCGGCGGCGGCCGGCGGGGAGCGCGGGGCGACCCCCAGAGACCUUGCAAGGAGGGGCCGGCGGCCGAGGGGGCGCGGGACGCGCUGGGCCGCGGGCCCCGGGGGCUCCUGUGCUUCUGCAGAGACCGGCUCCGAGUGUUUGUUGAAGACAAAAAGGCCUUCAUAUUAAAAGCCGAUAGCAGGAUAUGGCUCACACUAAUUUCAGCUGCUUUUGCAGGAGUCCUACAUUGGUGUCAUAUAACAACUCUUUUUGAAAAUGACCGUCAUUUUUCUCACCUGUCAACGCUAGAAAGAGAAAUGGCUUUUCGCACUGAAAUGGGUCUUUAUUAUUCCUACUUCAAGACCAUUAUUGAGGCACCAUCAUUUUGGAAUGGAGUAUGGGCCAUUAUGAAUGACAGACUAACUGAAUAUCCUUUAGUGAUUAACACUUUACAGAGGUUCAAUCUUUACCCAGAGGUGGUCCUUGCCAGCUGGUACCGCAUAUAUACUACCAUAAUGGAUUUCCUGGGUGUUCCAACAAAGAUAUGCUGGACAGUAAACAGAGGGACAGGGCUUAGCCCUGUUGAAAGCUGUGAGGGGCUGGGGGACCCUGCUUCCUUUUAUGUUGCUGUGAUUUUUCUUUUGAAUGGAUUAAUGAUGUCACUGUUCUUCAUAUAUGGCACAUACCUGAGUGGGAGCCGUCUAGGAGGCCUCAUUACUGUGAUAUGUUACUUUUUCAACCAUGGAGAGUGUACACGUGUCAUGUGGACUCCGCCUCUUCGUGAAAGUUUCUCAUACCCAUUCCUUGUGCUUCAGAUGUUGCUUUUGACCUAUAUUCUCAGGAUUCCGAAUAUUAAUACAGGAAGCUUGAUUGCACUGUGUGUUUCUAAUAUCUUUUUCAUGCUUCCCUGGCAGUUUGCUCAAUUUGUUCUUCUCACACAGAUAGCUUCUUUAUUUGCUGUGUAUGUUAUGGGUUAUAUUGACUCCUGCAAAUUACAGAAGAUACUCUCUGCUCAUAUGGUAUCUCUUGCAGUGUGUUUUAUUCUGAUGUUUGGUAAUUCAAUGUUAUUGACAUCCUAUUAUGCUGCAUCUUUAGUAGUUAUCUGGGGAAUUCUUGAAUUAAGUCCAAAAUGCUUGAAAAUGAGCAGAAGAGAAGUCAGUUUAUGGGUCAUUGAAGGAUGUGCCUGGAUUAUUGGGACAGUCACCUUGAAAUAUCUGACUUCUUUAGCAUUUGGAAUAUCUGAUGAUGCUCAUAUAGGUAAUCUAUUAAAAUCUAAAUUUACUGGCUACAAGGAUUUUGAUACAUUGAUGUACACCUGUGCUGCAGAAUUUGACUUCAUGGAAAAGGAGACUCCAGUGAGAUACACAAAGACUCUGCUACUACCAAUUGUUCUGGUGGUUUUGGUGGUAAUCAUUAAAAGGGCAAUUAAAUAUCUUGUGUGGGUCUCAUCUCAAAAAGGCCAAUGUGAAAGAGAGGAACGUUUUAGCCACGGUGAGCUGGUGUAUCAUGCAUUGCAGCUGUUGGCGUACAGUGUCCUAGCGAUUUUAAUUAUGAGACUAAAACUGUUUUUGACACCCCAUCUUUGUGUUAUGGCUUCCUUAGUGUGUUCAAAGCAGUUGUUUGGAUGGCUCUUCUGUAAAAUCCAGCCCAAAAUAUUGGUCUUUGCCAUUUUAGCAUUGAUGACAUUAGAAGGAUCAUCAAACCUUCAAACUCAGUGGAACAUCAUAGGAGAAUUUAGCAAUUUGCCACAGGAGGAACUUUUAGAAUGGAUAAAAGUCAAUACCAGACAAGAUGCAGUUUUUGCAGGAGCAAUGCCUACGAUGGCAAGUGUUAAAUUGUCUACACUUCGUCCUAUUGUAAAUCAUCCUCAUUACGAAGAUGCAGGAUUGAGGGCCAGAACUAAGAUAGUAUAUUCCAUGUACAGUCGAAAACCUGCAAAAGAAGUAAAAAAAGAAUUGAUAAAACUAGGAGUGGAUUACUACAUUCUAGAAGAGUCAUGGUGCAUAAGAAGAACAAAGCCUGGUUGCAGUAUGCCUGAAAUUUGGGAUGUGGAAGAUCCUACCAAUAGUGGCAAAAUUCCUCUCUGUAACCUUAUGAGCAAGGAUUCCAGACCGCAUUUCAUCAUGGUAUUUGAGAAUAGCAAUUACAAGGUCCUGAAGGUUCCAAAGGAAUAAUGUCUCAAUGCAAAGAACCAUCGGUCUUUCAAUUUUUUAAACUAGUAAUUAUAAGAAUUCUAAAUCAGAAAUACCUUUUCUACUAAACUUAAAAUGGAAAAAUGUGUAUUUUAUUUUUUACCAUUUUAAAUGAAUUCUGAUUAUAGAAGUAUCUUAAACCUAACAGUUUGGAUUUCUAUUUCAGGGUCAGUCCCUUGAGAUUUGCUAUGCAAAUGGUUAUAUGUUUGCACAUUUUAUUUAACACUGAUCCAAAAAAGUUAAAAGUAGCUGUGGAAAGAAACUCCAUUCUCAAAACCAAUACUAUUGUGAAAUGGGACUGUCAGAAUGUUUUAGCAAAGCAAGUUUGUUUAAAGUGUUGGUGCUAUCAUCUAGGAGCAAAAGAAUGGUGCUAUAGCAUCUGGCAUCGCAUUUCUCAUGUCACUAACAUUACCCAUCUCUCUUCUGGACGACAUGAUACUUGCUAGAAAUUCUUUUAAAAGUCAUGUAAUUUCAUUAGUCAUAUCUGAGAGAAAUACAUUUCUUCUUUGAGAGGAUUAAGAAUAUUGAUCAUUUUGGAUCACUUAAACAUGUGCUUUAAGCUUGCUUUUGAAAUGGAAAGGUUUGUAAACAAUCUUGAAACUUUAUUCUUUAGACGCAUCUUUCUGGAACCUUAUUGAUAUUAAAAAGACUAACAAGGGUAAUGUUUGCAGUGAGCAAUAGUUUAGCUUCUCAGUCUUCAAGGAUUUUGGCAUUCUUACGCAUUCAGAAUAAGCAGACGUAAUGUAUGUGAAAUUUUUAAGGGAAAAUGCUUUAUUCAGGAAAAAUCUGUCAUAGCCUUAGAAAAAUACUAAAAUAAACUCUUCACUGCCUUAACUAGACCUUCAGCGCCUAACUUGAUAAGAAAUGACUUUCAAAAUUUAUGUCCAAUUUUCUUUCCCCAUGUAUUAGAUCCAUCCUGCCUGGAUUUUAUUGUACAUUGUUCAUCCAGUUUUAGUAAUGCUAAUUUUUGAAAUAGUUUGAAGGAUCUUCAGCUCUAAAGAAAAAUGAAAUUUACCCCAGUUGUGAUAUGGGUAUAGUCAAAUGGUGGUGUGGACAUAAUCAUUCCACGACAUUAGAAUGGUUCUACAGUUUUUCUGUCAUCUUGACGUCAAACCAACAUUAUAAAGAGUUUAGAGAAUUACUUUCCAAUAUACUCAGUGCAAGGACUCCCUGUAGUCAUUUAACAAACUUGACAGAGUUUUUGUAUAAAUAGCCAUUGGAAGCAUUACAGCAAUUGUGGUUCUACAGUCUAAGAUUGUAGUAGUUGAAAGAUCCUCUGGAUAUCAUUCAUGUUUGUUUUUUGUUCAGACACUAGUCUAUUGAUAUGACUGGUCUUUUUGAGCCCUGACAGCAUCUAGCAGUAUUAGGUGCUAUAGAAGUAGCACCUGUCACACCUGAAACGGUAACAAUUAAAUGAGAACUUACGAUAAAGUACUACUAUAAAAGCUGAUCAGUAUUCAAAAACUUUCAUUUUUUUUUAAUCUGUUUUAUCAAGAGAGUGAGGGAAAAUGGCUGAAAAUGCAUUAGCCUUUUAACUUUUACAGAGUAGAUUUUGGAAAAAUUUCUAUAAGGAAACUAUCACAAAAAGGGCUUUCAGGAAGUCACUUUUUAAAAUGUUAACUGAAUUCAAGGAAGCAGGAAAAAAGAUCUUUAUAUAAACAUUGUGACUAGUGUUACAGCACAAAAAGGUACUGUAUUUUUAUGAGGUUUAUGCCAACUGUUAACAUGUACUUAUAUGUGGUUAAAUAAAAAAAAGAUGUAAAGUGUU